AUGUCUCAAAAGUCUCAUCGUCGGGAGGAAAAAGAGAAAAAAGCUUUAUACCAGAUGAGUGAGAAACGAGAGCAACGAAAGAAGAAAGAGACAACGAUGAAACCACAAACGAUAUCGACGAAGAAUAAAACGGACGAUGAUGGUAUCGUUAAGAAGACGUUGAUCUUUACCACGACGACGACGACGACAAAAGCCAAAAGUACCUUCGCCGACGCGGAAGAAGAAGAAGAAGAAGAGGAGGAAAAGGAGGAGAUUUUGCAUCAGACUUUUGGUGUUGAAACCACCAAGAAGAGAGAAGAAAGAAAAGAGGGAGAAAGGACGACGACGACGAGGCAACGAAGACGACGCAAACGACUCUCCUCCGAGGAAGAAUUUACGACUAAGAUGACGCCAGAGAUAACGACGCCGCAGCAACGAAUACAACGUCCGGCUUUGACCACCGGCGCCGUCUCUCGACCGGCGAACAAUCAGCUCUUAUAUCGCGCAAAGUUCGACUGGUCGCACUAUCCUCUCAACGCCUUGGACGAGCAUUUUUUACGGACAAAAUUACAUCGGGAAACAGUCGAAUGCGCGUCGGUGUCGUCGGCGUUUUUACAAAUCAUGUCGGCGAUACAAACGGCGGAGAAGAAUCGCAAGGACGGCAGGAGAAGAAACGCUUUGAAGUUGUUAUCGAAGAAUACGAGAAAGACGAAAGUGGUCGCGCUCUCUUCUUCUUCGUGCUCAUCUGGUGGCGACGGUAGCGUUCAAAAGAGUAAUAUCAAAAAGAAGAAAGGUGGAAGUAACAAGGGAGAAGCGGCAGGAGGAAGAGCUGAGCUGACGACGCAUCGAGUGCUGCCCGAAGAUUUGAAAAAACACGACGGUUUAUACGAGAGCGAAGACGGCGUAGAAUACGGCACGAAUUUGGAUCGAAACAGGUACGGAACAGAUACUGAUUAUUUGCACACGUGCAUAAAAUACAACGUGUCGUCUCUCAAUUUAUGCGAGAAAUUAGUAAACAUAGAGAUAGUAGAUUCCAAGGGAAGUAUCACCGCCUCCGCGGCCGCCACUUCAGACGCGAGCGGAGGGAGUAGUAGAAGAAAGAAAUUCACGACAUCAGCGCCGGCUUCUUCACCACCGUCGAAGUGCGUUCGCAUCGUUCGCGAGGGUGAGUGCGAGUGUCGAUGCGAGGAGAUUAAUAAGGAAAUCCAGUCGAUGAUGGAAAGGAAAGAAAUUUUUGAUUCGACUAAGGAACUCGUUUGGCCUCAGGUUGGAAAAAAACACGGCAACUUAGGAAAUAGGAAUCGCACGAAGAACAAGAGUAACAACGAUAACAACAAUGACAACAACGCGACAGGCGCCACGUCAGUACAAACGACUACGACCAAUACGACUACUACGACUACUACAACAAACGUAAUGACUACUAGUGCGAUGGCGGCGAUAGCAACGCCAAGAAUGCGCGCAUCGAGCGAGGAUCAGAAUGAGAAACGCGGUGAGAGUGGUAAAACCAAUAAUGACAAAUUAGGCGUUCUCCUGGACGCGCUUACGCAAGUUGGAGGAAUACAGAUUACUCCAAACGGGACGCCUUCACGACCGACGAGGGAACGUAAGAUAACGAAAAUGGAUGAUGUGAUCUUUGCCGAAUACGAAAGCCAACGCGCGGCCUCACCGGUGGCAAUCCAACCGGCGAAAGACAAGGCGUUCGGUGGAACUCUACCUCUGGCCAUUGAGCAAGCGUUCGCAUCAACGCCUCCACGACAUAAAACGGCAACAGAAAUAGCGUCAAGAGAGGUAGAGGCAGGAGUAGCGACGACAAAUAAUAUCGAGAACGUACAAAAUACAGAGGCGAUUCGGGAAGCUAUCAUCGCCGCAACGAAAGAAUCGAUCGAUAUGAUAUCGGAAGAAAAUCUUCGCGACGAGUUGCGCAACGCCGUCGUUUGCGCGUACGAACGUCACAUACACGCGACCGUUGCAGAAAACAACAGAAGAUACGCGGAAAUUAACGUCAAUUUACUUAGCAAAGAAAUCUUGUCCUUGCGAGAAGAGUUGAGAUCGAUGGCGAUGACCAACGCUUCGUUGAGAUUGAAGCGCGCCGCAGACGAAACCGCUAAAGCAGGGGUAAAGACAAAGAUGCGAAAACAGAAAGAGAGCGCCACAAACGCUUCUUCUCUGAAAGUCGAACAACAAGGUGAAUCCAGCGAAGAAGAAGUCACGACGCCGAGAAAAGGCGACGACGCAAACAACAAUAACGUUCUCGUCGCGCGUUCUUCCUUACAAGACGACAUCGCUCAAGUCAAACGUCGAUUGGAACGAGCGCUUGAAAACGACGCCGAGCCGGUCGCGACGAAAGCGUUGUUCUUUCAAGAAGUGCAGGACCAUUUGACGACUUUGUUGCGGUUAGUCCACUGCGAGGUCCUUCUCAACGCCUCCUCGGAAGGAAGAGAGUGA